AUGAUAAGCAACAGUAAUGGGUCCCAACCUUCAGCUAUGCAGCUUUGCUAUGAGAACAUCAAUGGAUCCUGCAUUAAAACUUCCUACUCCCCUGGAUCCCAAAUAAUCCUCUACCUGGUCUUUGGCUCAGGAGCUCUAUUGGCUAUCUUGGGAAACCUUAUGGUCAUGAUUUCAAUUCUUCACUUCAAGCAGCUACAUUCUCCAGCUAAUUAUCUUAUUGCGUCCUUGGCUUGUGCUGACUUUUUGGUGGGAGUUACUGUAAUGCCAUUCAGUAUGGUAAGGUCUGUAGAAAGUUGUUGGUAUUUUGGGGAGAGAUACUGUAAAUUUCACACUACUUUUGAUGGAUCAUUUUGUUAUUGUUCCAUUUUCCACUUGUGUUUCAUCUCUAUUGAUAGAUACAUUGCUGUUACUGACCCUCUUGUCUAUCCCACCAAAUUCACCAUGUCAGUUUCAGGCAUCUGCAUCUUUUUGUCCUGGGUCCUUGCCACUACAUUUAGUUUUUCACUUUUUUACACAGGUGCCAAUGAUGAUGGACUGGAGGAAUUAGUAAGUGCUCUCACCUGUGUGGGAAGUUGUCAGAUGGCUGUGAAUCAAAACUGGGUAAUGAUAGACUUUCUGUUAUUCUUCAUUCCCACUCUGAUUAUGAUCAUUCUUUACUGUAAGAUUUUUCUAGUUGCUAAAGAACAGGCUAGAAAGAUUGAAAGUAUUAACAGCCAAACUGAGUCAGAAAGUUACAAAGCCAGAGUGUCUAAGAGGGAGAGAAAAGCAGCCAAAACACUAGGUAUUGCAGUGAUUGCAUUUCUGAUUUCAUGGUUGCCAUACUUUAUUGAAUCAAUAAUUGAUGCAUUCCUAGGGUUUAUCACCCCAACAUAUAUUUAUGAAAUUUUAGUUUGGUUUGCUUAUUAUAACUCAGCUAUGAACCCUCUAAUUUAUGCUUUCUUUUAUCCUUGGUUUCAAAGAGCAAUUAAGUUGAUUGUCACUGGGGAAAUCUUCAGAGGUCACUCUUCAACAAUAGAUUUGUUUUCUGAAAAAAAUUAA